CUCCCUCUCUCUCUCUCCUGUCUUUUACAGUAUAUGCCAGUUCCUUUUUGUUUUUGGAUGCCACACUUCCUUUGUUGCAAGAAACACAAUAAGCUAGAUGAGUGUUCUCGCUAGGAAUAGUGAGGUCGGGGAGAUGCGGUGGGAUGGAAAUAACAAUAUCAAUCGUUUACAGUCACUUAACUGUGAAUAUAAAAGACAUUACAAAAAAAAGACAGAAAUUCAGUGUAUGAUUCUCAUAAUUGUGCGAAAGUCAUCAUGGUGCGAAAGUAUAGUUGUUAACUGGUUACAUUCAUCCUAUUUUUUUGUUUGUUCUUUAUGUGAUAUCGCUUGUCUCCUUCAGUUGCAUUCACUCGACGCCUUCCCUGAAGAGCAGACAGCUCCCAUGGAUACACAAGAUGAGGAGAGGCCACUGAUUCAUCCCUUGCCCACACAGGAUGAAUGUUCAGAAUUCACUUGUGAUGGGACAGUUGAUAUUAACAACCAGCGUGCUCCGAAGCGGAGCACGGGGAACUGGAGGGCAUGCUUCUUUAUUUUAGGUGCUGAAUUCACUGAAUGUGUGGCCGUCUACGCAAUCACAAAGAACUUGGUCAGCUACCUCACUGGUGUCCUCCACGAGAGCAACGUCGAUGCUGCGACAACCGUGUCCACCUGGAUCGGCACUUCAUUCUUCACACCGCUCAUUGGAGCUUUCUUAGCUGACACAUUCUGGGGACGAUAUUGGACAGUUGUGGUCUUCCUCUCGGUUUACGCAAUUGGGAUGCUCACCCUGACUGCAUCAGCGUUUCUCCCACUGCUGAUGGGCUCCUCCUACAACCGUGGCAUUCAUCGUGCCGCCACAUACCUGGGCCUCUCCCUCACCGCUCUCGGCAACGGUGGCAUAAAGCCAUGUGUUCCUGCCCUUGGUGCCGAUCAGUUUGACGCAACCGACCCAGUGGAGAGGGUGAAAAAGGGCUCAUUCUUCAACUGGUUCUACUUCUCAGUCAACAUUGGCUCGCUGCUGUCGGCAACCGUGAUCGUCUGGGUGCAGGACAACAUCGGGUGGGGAGUCGGAUUCGCGAUCCCGGCAGUGCUCAUGGUGUCUGGGCUGCCCUUGUUCGUCGCCGGUCACAAGGUUUACAGGUACCAGAGAGUGGGAGGGAGUCCUCUCACGAGGGUCUCCCAGGUGGUUGUUGCAGCUGUGAGGAACUACCGUUUGGAGUUGCCUGAAGACUGCUCUGCUCUGCAUGAGGUGCCUGGAAAUUGCAAGAUUCAGCAUACAAGUCAGUUCAGGUUCUUUGACAAGGCUACCAUUGUAGUAGCGCCAUCCUCCAACGAGAAAGCUCCAACUGCAAACAGUCCAUGGAGGCUUUGUACAGUGUCCCAGGUCGAGGAGCUCAAAAUGCUGCUCCGGAUGUUCCCCGUGUGGGCGUCCAUGGUGCUCUUCUUUGCCGCCACCGCCCAGAUGUCGUCCACGUUCAUCGAGCAGGGCGCAGCCAUGGACAACCACGUCGGUCCGUUCACCGUUCCUCCCGCGUCCCUCGCCACCUUCGACGUCGUUGCCGUCAUGGUCUGCGUCCCCAUCUACGACACCGUGCUGGUGCCUCUUGCCCGGCGGGGAACGGGCAAGGAGCGGGGCCUGUCGCAGUUGCAGCGGCUGGGCGUCGGCCUCGGGCUGUCCGUGGCUGGCAUGGCGUACGCAGCGCUGGUCGAGGGGAGGCGCUUGUCUCUCGCCCGUAGCACGCAGCCGUCGGCGUCGAUGAGCAUCAUGUGGCAGGCGCCGGCGUUCGCGGUGCUCGGCGCGGGCGAGGUGUUCACUGCCAUCGGCAUCCUCGAGUUCUUCUACGAUCAGUCGCCGGACGGGAUGAAGAGCCUUGGCACGGCCCUUGCGCAGCUCGCCAUCGCGGCCGGCAACUACCUCAACUCUGCCAUGAUCGCCGCCGUCGCCGCCGUCACGACGCGCAACGGGGAACCAGGGUGGAUCCCCGACGACCUGAACAACGGGCACCUGGACUAUUUCUUCUGGUUGAUGGCUCUUCUUGGCGUGGUGAACCUGCUGUACUUCCUGCAUUGCUCCAUUAGGUACGGAGGCAACAAGAACAACACAUGUUCUUGACAAGCAGCUAGGUGCUUAGUUUAUGACAUCGUCACCAUGACAAGAAGAGAAUACAUCCGACUACAUUUGUUGGACUGACUCUCGUGUGCCGUGGUGGAACGGAACUCUCCUCAAUUUCAAGGGGGUGUUUUUCCUAUAUCUACGUCUAUGACAGAAAUUAAACUAUCAGCACCAUGUACAAAUACCUUGGGAUACAUAGCCUUGCUCGUUCCUAUACCGUAUAUAUUGUAAAUAUACUUUACAUUACCCUCUUGUUUGAAGACGAUGUGCCACGCGUGUGUAUACAUAA